AUGUCCACCUUCGCCGGCGGGGACGGUCUCAAGAAGCGCUUCUACAAGACCGCAGACGUCGCCGAGGUCGAGGACGGCUGGGCAGUCACGCUGGACGGUCGCCGCCUGCGCACGCCCGCGCAGGCGGCCCUGGCCCUCCCCUCCCAAGACAUGGCGGCCGCCGUGGCUGCCGAGUGGCAGUUCCAGAGCGCGCAACACAUCCGCCCGUACACCAUGCCCAUCUUCUCCCUCAUCUCUACCGCCGUCGACGUGUACGCCCAGCCCGGCCACCGCGAGCGCGUCGUCGACGCCCUGUGCCAGUUCCUGCCCGCCGACGUCGCGUGCUGCCGGCACGAGCCCGACACGCCGCUGGCCGCGCGGCAAGCGGAGCGCUUCGACCCGCUGAUCGCCGAGGCGAACGACGCGGUCCCGGGCCUCGGCCUCGUCGCCAGCGCGAGCCUGUGGGGCGCCGAGCACUCAGCGUUCACCACGGAGUCGGCGGGGGAGUUCCUGCGCUCCCUGGGGGACUUGGAGCUCGCGGUCUUCGAGGAGCUCUGCCGCGCGACGCGGAGCUUCGUGAUCAGCUUCGCGCUCUUCACGGGCCGCGUGGGCGCCGCGGAGGCGGUGGAGCUGUCGCGGCUGGAGGAGAGCGCACAGAUUCGGGAGUGGGGUCUGGUGGAGGGCGGGCACGACAUUGACAUCGCGGACCUCGAGGCGAGGCUGGCGGCGUGCGAGGCGAUGCUGUGGCUCGUGCGCAGGGCGGGUGCGGCGGCCAGGAAGGACCUCGUCGUGGGGCUGCAGGCCGAGGUGUGA